AUGUCGUCCAAACGGUACGACCGAAGCAUGAUGGAGGAUAUUGGCAGGCGAGCCUGGAAGACGGCCUCUAGGGCUGCCAAGCAUAUGAGCAAACACUCGAAGAUUGUGAAUCCUUCUAUGGAGAAGUGUAUUCCGCGAUUUGAACGGGGUGAAGUGGUGCUGGGCGAGAUGCUUGGGUCGGGUGGUUUCAACGAUGUCUUUGAAGUGGCGCGGAUUGACCUAGUGCCGGAUGUGUCCCAGGCUGAGCAUGCCAAGAAGAUCUCUUCACCGCUUCAGAGCGAGCAUAGAGCCUUUGUGUCCAAGCACGUUUACCGUGAGUCCUCGCAGAACUGUAGGUAUGCUGUCAAGUUCCUCUCGGUGGAUACCAUUGAAGAUCCCAACAGGUUUUGCACCGGAGCUGCCGAUCUUGUGGUGGAGGCCAAGUUUCUGGCAUCACUCAAUCACCCCAAUAUCAUCAGGCUUCGAGGGAUGGCAGCCGCGGGUACCUCUGGUUUUGCCACAAUGAACGAAAGAGGGUAUUUCUUGCUCUUGGAUCGGUUGCAGUGUACGCUAGAGAGCAAAAUUGAUGAUUGGAAGGAGCUAGACAAUACACUGUCGCCCUCCCAGAAGCGUGCCUUCUUGGCGGAUCGCUUGCACGUUUCUUUCGAUGUAUGUGCCUCUCUGGAGUUCCUUCAUUCUCAUGAUAUUAUCUAUCGUGAUUUAAAGCCCGACAACAUUGGUUUCGACAUUCGUGGUGAUGUGAAGUUGUUCGAUUUUGGAUUGGCGAAAGAGCUGGAUGCCUCCAUGAAGUUUGGCUGCACGGAACUCUAUGAGCUUUCGGGGAACACAGGAUCUCUGCGUUACAUGUCACCUGAGGUAGCAAGAAGUGAGCCCUACAACCUCACUGCGGAUGUGUAUUCGUUCGGACUGCUCCUGUGGCAGAUUUGCUCCCUGCAGCUCCCUUACGACGGAAUGAACCGACAAGACCACUCUGAGCUGGUUGUCCACGGUAACGAACGCCCACAAUUAGAUUCGAACUGGAGUACCCCUCUGCGGAUCCUCAUGAAGAGAGCCUGGGAGCCGGACCCAUUGGUAAGGCCGUCGAUGGACAGUAUAUACAAGAUCCUCAAGCGAGAAAUCUGUGCAUUGAGAGAUGGAGACGAAAGUGGACUCGAGCAUACCCGUCGUCGCUCUACCUUUGUUCUCAAUAGGCCAUCCCAGGCAAACCACAGCGGCAACAGAGCACCUUCAAGAUCUGCCGCCGCCCAACCCAUCAGCGAAGAUUGA